AUCUCGGCAAGGAGCAUGGUGUGUGAUUGAUAAAUCGAUUUAAUCGACAAAUAGUUAACACGUUUAUUUAAACACAUUUACGUUAUAUUGCUUUAUUUUACGUGAAGUGAUCUUAUUAAUAAAUUAAAUUACUUAUUCUCUCGAGUCAAGAUGUUUGUCAAGAGUGUUAUUGUAGCGGUAUUCCUGUUAGGGGCGGCCUGGGCUCAGUUGGACGCUGACCAAGAACAAGCAGUGAACACAGCCUUAGAGAACCUGCCUCCGGAGCUCCAGGGCAAGGUGGACAAGACACAACUCGAUGAGAUCAAGAACAAAUCUGCAGCAGCGUUUAAGGACAAGUGUGCCAAGAAUGGAGGACCUGACGCUUUUGGAAAUGCUGAGAAAGCGUUCAUAAACUUAAAAUCGUGCAUGGAGGGCCUGGUAGUGACGAGCGAGCUGGAAAAAGAAAUCGAGGCAGCUAAACCUAACGGCAAAAUGGACGAGGUCUUUAAGAAAUAUUGUGCCAAAAAGCCCCAGUUUAAGGACUGUUUCAAAGACGCGGUGGAGGCCGCCAGACCGUGCUUCUCGAGCGACGAACAGAAGAACUUGAAGAUAGUGUACAACGUCACCGAACAGCUGGCAGAGUUCGUCUGCUUCAAGGAUGGCGACAGGAUCGCGCUGUUCAUCGCGGAGGGCGGCAUCGACUGCAUGCAGGCACAGCAAGAGGCCAUCCAGAACUGCACCAACGAGUCCUUCGGCGCAAACGUGCAGCUCAGCGCCAACAUCUCAGCUGAAUCCAUCCCCGAAAUCAGAUUUUCUAAUAAGGAGUGCGGGCAGCUAACCGAGCUGCAGCACUGCGUGGUGCGCAAGCUGGAGACGUGCGAGCAGCCCACCACCGCCAACAUCGUGGAGUCGCUGUUCAAGUUCAUCCGCAAGGCCACGCCCUGCAAGGAAUUCACCGUGAGUCUUUUACCACAUGCUAGCACUUUUACCCUAAGCACAGAACAAGGACUGGAGACGUGCGAGCAGCCCACCACCGCCAACAUCGUGGAGUCGCUGUUCAAGUUCAUCCGCAAGGCCACGCCCUGCAAGGAAUUCACCGAUGCUGCUACUGACAAAAACAAGCCUGGCUCGGCUAACGGGCUCGCUGUGACGUCACUCACUCUUGCAAUGGCGGCAGCUACUCUUCUGGUCUAA